AUGGUCUCCGCCAAGGAAAAGGCCCAGAAAAUCAUCGACGACAACUCGGUCGUCGUGUUUUCCAAGAGCUACUGCCCGUACUGUCGGGCCAGCAAGGCGCUGCUGAAUGAUAUGCACGCGAAAUACUUUCUGAUGGAGUUGGAUCAAGUCGAGGACGGCGCGGCCCUUCAAGAUGCCCUCGAGGAGAUCACCGGUCAACGCAGCGUGCCGAACAUCUUCAUCGGCCAGAACCACAUUGGCGGGAACAGUGACUUGCAGGCGAAGAAGAGUCAACUCGGUGAUCUGCUCAAGAGUGCUGGUGCUGUCUAG